GAGAAACCUCGAGACGAACGAAACCCCAACUUUCGAGUUUGCCGAUGAGUCUAGCCUCCAUGAUCUCCGGCUAAAGAUCAAUGAAUCGACGCCUUCCUCUGUUCGUUUGUCGAUUGAUUACAACGACGGUGAUAUCCUCGCGGCUGUUACUCUCUCGAUUCGUCUGAUUUUAGUGCGUUUGAUCAGAAAUCGGAAACGAAUCAUCAGGAGAUUGUUCGUAGAUUCCGGUGGCAGCAUGAAUCUCUCCGGUGUAAAAAGGUUAAGCGAGCCUCUCUUGUUGAAAAAUAUAUUGAUGGAGGAAUCUGGUGACACUUGUGAAUUGACGAUUGUGAUCAUGACUGUUCAUGCUGUUAUGUUAGAAUCUGGAUUUGUGUUGUUUGAUCCUGAUUCAUCUAUGCGUUUUAGCUUCUCGAAGAAGACUUUGGUAUCGCUUAACUAUACUCUACCUUCUGUGAAAGGAAUAGUCGGUUUGAAUUUUGAGAAGGAGGCGAUGUUGUAGUUUAUGGAUCUCUUAGUGUUGGUAGUUUUGUUCGUGUGGUGUCUAUUGAUAAACGUAGCUAUGUGCACAUUGUUGAUUUACUUAUGGAAACUUUGAAAUCUGAUGAAGAAGAAGAUACUUUGAGCAUUGACUGUAAGGUACUCGUGUGGUGGAGAAUGAUAAAAGAUGGUAUUGUUACGCCUCUGUUGGUUGAUCUUUGCUACAAAACUGGGUUAGAACUUCCACCUUGCUUUAUCAGUCUACCUCGAGAGCUAAAACACAAGAUACUAGAGUCGCUUCCCGGUGUGGAUAUUGGGACAUUGGCUUGUGUUUCUUCUGAACUGCGAGACAUGGCUUCGUAG